AUGACCGCACACGCCAUUCGCUCUCUCAUAAUCAGAUAUUUUCUAGCAAACGACAUCGCCGCUGGUGGCAUUUUCUCAACCGUCAACGCCUUUUUCUUCGACUCCCGAUCCGUCUGUGUCCUCGGUCGACUCGCGACGAUGUCCGGAAAGCUUACUCGUAUCGCUAUUGUCAACGACGACAAGUGUCGUCCGCGCAAGUGUCGUCAGGAAUGUAAAAAGUCCUGUCCCGUCGUCCGUAGCGGAAAGCUCUGCAUCGAAGUCGCCCCCACCUCCAAGCUCGCCUUCAUCUCCGAGUCGCUCUGUAUCGGUUGCGGUAUCUGCCCCAAGAAAUGCCCCUUCGACGCCAUCACCAUCAUCAACCUGCCCACCAACCUCGAGAAGGAGGUCACCCACCGCUAUGGCCCCAACGCCUUCAAGGUCCACCGUCUGCCUAUGCCUCGUCCUGGUCAGGUCCUCGGUCUCGUCGGAACGAACGGUAUCGGAAAGAGUACCGCUCUCAAGAUUCUUAGUGGAAAGCUCAAGCCCAACCUGGGUCGCUACGAGAACCCCCCUGACUGGGAGGAGGUCAUCAAACACUUCCGUGGCUCUGACUUGCAAAACUACUUUACCAAGCUUCUCGAAGACGAUCUGAAGGCUGUCGUCAAGCCCCAAUAUGUCGACCAGAUCCCCAAGGCUGUCCGCGGCACCGACAAGACGGUCAAGUUCCUGAUCAACAGCCGUGCCAACCUCGGUAACAUGGAUAGCGUCAUGGAGACACUCGAACUGAACCAUCUUCUGGAACGUGAGAUCGGCAAGCUGUCUGGUGGUGAGCUCCAGCGUUUCGCCAUCGGUACCGUCUGCGUUCAAAAGGCCGACGUUUACAUGUUUGACGAGCCCUCGUCGUAUCUCGAUGUGAAGCAGCGUCUGAGUGCCGCCCAGAUCAUCCGCUCCCUGCUCCGUGACGACGACUACAUCAUUGUCGUCGAGCACGAUCUGUCUGUUCUCGACUACCUGUCUGACUAUGUCUGCGUCCUCUACGGCCAGCCCGCCAUCUACGGUGUCGUCACUAUGCCAUACUCGGUCCGUGAGGGUAUCAACAUCUUCCUCGACGGUCACAUCCCCACUGAGAACCUGCGUUUCCGUCCCGAGUCUCUGACCUUCCGUAUCGCCGAGGGUGUCGAGGAGCUACAGGUCGACAAGUCGCGCGCCUUCGAGUACCCGGCCAUGGAGAAGACGCUCGGAGGCUUCAAGCUCCAGAUUGAUGCCGGCGAGUUCACCGACUCGGAGAUCAUCGUCAUGAUGGGCGAGAAUGGUACCGGAAAGACCACCUUCUGCCGCAUGCUUGCCGGUGCCCUCAAGCCCGACAGCAAGGAGUCGAUCCCGGAGAUGAGGAUCAGCAUGAAGCCCCAGACCAUCACGCCCAAAUUUGACGGCACCGUGCGCAUGCUCUUCCUGAAGAAGAUCAAGCAGGCCUUCCUGUCACCCCAGUUCCAGACCGACGUCAUCAAGCCCCUCAAGCUCGAGGAUUUCAUUGAUCAGGAGGUCAAGAACUUAUCCGGUGGUGAGCUGCAGCGUGUUGCUAUCGUCCUGGCCCUGGGCAUGCCAGCCGACAUCUACCUGAUCGACGAGCCUUCCGCCUACCUCGACUCGGAGCAGCGCAUCAUGGCCUCGCGCGUCAUCAAGCGCUACAUUAUGCACAUCAAGAAGACGGCCUUUAUCGUCGAGCACGACUUCAUCAUGGCCACCUACCUGGCCGACCGCGUCAUCGUCUUCGACGGUCAACCCGGAGUCCUCUCCCACGCCAACAAACCCGAGUCCCUGCUCACCGGCUGCAACGCCUUCCUCAAGAACCUCAAUGUCACCUUUCGCCGUGAUCCGACAAACUACCGUCCCCGUAUCAAUAAGCUUGGAUCUCAGCUGGAUCAGGACCAGAAGCUGAAUGGAAACUACCAGGAGUGGCAGAAUCGAAAACUUGCAUCAUCCCAGGGCGUUGACGGCGUUGAAAAAGGAAAAUCACGCGCCACCAAGAAGCGCGUAAAGGGUCGCCGCCGCUGCUGCCAUGACCCAGAGACGGGUUCCGCCGAUGCCGGCGCCAGCGAGGAUGACGACACGGACGAGUGA